GGAAUGUGUUUUGAGAUGACGGAAGAAACAUGGCGCUCCGCAUAGCUCGGGUUUACAGGAGGGAGUCUGUUCAGAUAGCCCAGAGGCUGCUGGGGGCAGCGUGGCAGCAGGGUAGUUGGCGAGCCCACCAUACCUCUGGCACAUCUCUGAAAUACAUCCCACGACGAGCCGUCCUCUACAUCCCAGGCAACGACGAGCGCAAACUCAGGAAGCUCACCUCCCUGAACGUGGACUGCGCUGUUCUGGACUGCGAGGAUGGCGUCGCCCUUAACAAGAAGGCAGAGGCACGGGAAACUAUCCCGAAGAUGCUGGCUGAGCUGAAUCUGGGGCGCACUGAGAAAUGUGUGCGGGUGAACUCUGUGUCCAGUGACCUGACCGAUGCUGAUCUGGAGGUCAUCCUACAGGCAGAGGUCCUGCCCCCUGCACUCAUGCUGCCUAAGGUGGAGGACACAGAGGAAGUACAGUGGUUUGUUGACAGGUUUCAGCAGCGCUUAAAAGGGCGGAUACUGAUGGAACCUAUUCGCUUAGUAACCUUUGUGGAAACUGCUGUUGGCUUGCUGAAUUUUAAGGCUGUGUGUGAGGCGGCUCGGGAUCUCGGACCAAAAGUUGGUCUGCAUCAUGACGGAGUAGUCUUCGGCUCUGAUGAUUUCUGUGCCAGUAUAGGUGCUACACGGACUAAGGAUGCCCGAGAGCUGCUGUAUGCUCGUCAGAAAGUGGUGGUCACUACCAAAGCCUUUGGCUUGCAGGCUAUCGACCUAGUCUAUAUUGACUAUCAGGAUGAAGAAGGGCUACGGCAGCAGGCUAGAGAGGGUGCGCUCAUGGGUUUUACCGGCAAGCAAGUCAUCCAUCCAAACCAAAUCAAGGCUGUUCAGGAGGAAUUCUCACCCAGUCCAGAUCGUGUUAAUUGGGCCACAGAGUUAAUCACUGCAUUUGAGGAGCACCAGAAGCUAGGAAAGGGUGCGUUCACCUUCCGUGGCAGUAUGAUUGACAUGCCGUCGUUAAAGCAGGCCCAGAACAUCGUCACCUUGGCCAGAGCUGUCAUGGGCAAGUGAGCCAAACUGGGCAGCCAUAUCUGUCACUGCGCGGGACAUCGGAC